AUGCCGCAAAAAAUUUCUAUUAAAGAACGACGUGAGGUAGUUAAGUCAUUGUGGAAUAAUGGAACACGAAAUGUAAACGAACUACACAAAAUUACUAAGUUCCCACUAAGGACACUGUAUCGGUGGUCAUCUCAGUUAAAAAAAACCAAAAAUUUAAAACAACGAUAUCAUUCAGGAUGCCCAAAGGUUUUAAGUCCAAAAAAGCGACGUCAGCUCGCUCGUUCGCGUGCUAGUGCAAUAAGUUUUAAAAUUGCAGACACUCUUAAUAAUACUUAUCCAGGUCUUAAUAUAGCCACUCGUAUAGUCCGUGAGAACCUUUGGAAGUUUGGUUACCGAGAUUGUGUUCCUAAAAAAACCCCAUUCCUCACUUCAAUUGCAAAAGAGAGACGAGUUUCUUGGGCAGAA